AUGUUGAGAGAAAACUUCGAUGUCACUUUAAAGAGCAUUUUAUGGUUUCGAUUUCUUUUUAUAAUUAAUACUCUCCAAGCUGUGUAAUUAAUUAAUGGUUCAGAUCUCUUCAUUUAAGAGAUGCUAAGCAAAUAUAGAAUAAAUUUGUUAAUCUAUUUUGGGAACAGUAACUAUUUGAUUUUUGCUUACAUCAUUAUUUUAAGCAUUUUUUUUCAUAUAGCUAUUACUUAAAUUGCAAUCAAAAUGAAAAUUUCGAUUCAUUAAUUUAUUGGUUCCUUUUUUGUUUAAACCAUUUAUUAUGUGUAGUCUAUGCCAAUUAUUUUAAACUCCCUAUAUGCUAUUUUAUAUCAGGAUCAAUAUGUUCAUUUAAUUUUGUUCAUCCUAACAGUUUUAUUGAAUAUCAUGUAUAUUAAGUUCAGCUGUUAAACAAGUUUUUUGUAGAUAGAUGGAAGUUUUUCAAGAUAGAUAGAUGAAAUUGUCAUUUAUAUUUUUCGAUUUGCUUUAUGCCUUUUAAAGGUCAAAUUGCCAAUAGUUGAAUUACAAUUCUCAAUAUUGCUCAUAGAAUCAUUUUUGUUAAUACUAAUUCAGAUUAACAAUACUCAAUUGAAUAGUCAUUUUAUUUUUCAGUUAAGAAUAUUUCUUUUUGUGAUUGGAAUAGCAGGCAUAUGUAAAUUACAAUGGAUUGAAAUAUUUUUAAUUUAUAUGUUUACUAUAGGUGUUAUGCAAUCUUGGAGAAAUAGACUUUAAAUAAAUAAGUUGACUGAUGCCAAAAAUUAGUUUUAAUUAAAAUUUUUGAUUUCUUAAAUUGUUAAAAAUUAUUCAAAUGAUGAAACUAUAUAAGUUUUAUUAAUUUAAAGAUGCAUAAAAUCAAAUUUAAAAUAUUUAUAAAAAAAUAAUAACUCAAAUAUCAUUAAGAUCUAGGAUAGAGUAAUGAUAGAAAGAUAUUUUGAAUAAAAUCUAUACAAACUUUACUUUUUAUUGUUGCAAUAAAACUAAUCUAAAUUGUCAUUUUUUGACUUUAUUUUCGUAAAAGCUAAUAUUUAUUUAAUUUAAUAAGAAUGUUUUUUAAAAUCGAAAAAACAAUUAUAAGAUAACUCAUAAAUAGUUCGAAUUUUUGAAGAAUAAGAAUCUAACUUUUUACUUUUAGAAUAAGCCAAUAUUACAAAAUAAAAUUUUUAUUAAGCUUUAAUUAAACUCACUAUUAAUGAAUAAUAAUACUCUAAGAUUAUUAGAACUUAGUGCAAGAAAUUUUGUAAAAGAAUGUAACAAUUAAAAAACGAUUUCUAAACUAGCAUUAAUAUAAAAGCAUAAACUCUUUAAAAUUCGAAUAUCACUGAUCUCAACACAAUAUAAACUAUUUAAAAAUACUAUUUCGUCUUUUAUGGUGACUAUUAAAAAGUAUAUGAAAAAUCUUAUUGUAGGCAUUUCAAAUUGGGUAGAAAGCUAAAGAAUUACCAAGUUGGGAUCGAAAUCUCAACCUAAAGUUGCUUAAAAGUAAUAAGAUAUGUAUUCUAAAUAGAUUAAAUCUUUCUGAUUAAAGUUAGUUAUUUAUAAAAGAAAUGGACUAUUUUGAAUUCAAAAAUGAAAUACUUAGCAGAUUUUUUUCAAGAUUAAUAUUUAGACAACAUUUUGGAUUUGUUUCCGUAAUUCUUAAGAGGAUAUUAUCAAUAAUAAUUGAAUAGAUAUGUAGAAAAUGAAUUUGUAGACAAAUCUUAAUUAAGGACAUAUUUAUUGAAAAAUAAUUAUAUUAUUUCAUGUAGAAUUACAUUUCAUCAUGAAAUCUUAGAUAAUGAUUUAAUAAUUAAUAAUAUAAUAGAGAUUGAAGAUAAAAAUAAUGUUCUAUUGUUUGAUUAAUAUGGCAAGAUUUUAGGAAUUUCAGAAUUACUCUAUAAUGAAUUAUAAAAUCUUGAUGAAUACUAUACCUCAGAUAUAUUUAUCUUAACUUUUUUAGAAAAAGCAAUGAUAUAAUUUUAUGUUCCUGAGAUUGAAUAUUAGGUUCUUUAACUUACUUCAUCUCAAUAAUAUAAUUAAGUCGAAUUUUAAUCGACAUUUCCAAAAAAUAUAAACCAUAACGAUUGUUUGCAAUAGAAAAUAAAUUUUAAUAUCGAAUCUCUUACCUAAAUUAAAUUUAAUACAUCUUCUAAUUGUCAUGAAAAUUAAUAGAACAAAACAAUAAAAAUGUUAAACCCUAAAUUUUCGAUGCAGUUUGAAUAAAUUCAAUAAUAACUGGGUUAAGAAUAAAAUAUAUCAUCUCAUAAAUUUGAAUUAGAAUAUGUUGAAUUGGAUACUCCGUGUUGCAAUUAUUUUCAACUACAUUUUUCAGAUUUAGAAUAUCAUUUUGAAAGUUAGGAUAGGAGUCUGAAAUUUGAAGCCAAAACAAUAAAAAUACACAGUGCCUAAGAUAAUAAAAUCAAUAUGUCUCUAAUUGAAUAAAUAGUAGAAAAAAAGGAGAUAUCAAGGAAUUUAAAGUUAUAAUUAAUACUGAUGAUUUUUCUCACUAUUUAUGUGGCUGGAACUAUUUUUGUCAACAAAUAAUCUGGAUUAAAUGAAAUCAAAUCAUAUUAAUCUUCAAUAAAUUUUUUGAUUAAUCCUUAGGCUUUAACAUUCUCAUAUGCAGGGUCUUUUCUUUUAUAGUGGAAUAGAUAUUGUGUAGAGAGUGGUUUAUACAAUCUCUCAUCGUAUAUAGAGUUCUAAAGGCAAUAGAAAUUAAAUUAUGCAUUUACUUUAUGGAAAGGUAUCCAUGUUAAUUACACAUUAAAUUUGAGCCAGAGGAGCAGGGAUUUAGGGAUGGAAAUGGUAGAUGUUAUCGAAUAUGACAAAAAUAAUAAUAAAAUUGUAACUAAAAUGGACUUUUAUUCAUUUUAUUCUAUAACUAGAGAGAAGAUGGUAAGAGUGUAAAAAAAUACUAAUUAUACAAAUGUCUCAACUCAUGAUUAUUCUAUAUUCAAAGCUAAUGGAUUUAUUAGAUAGAAUAUUAUGACUAUUUUUAAAUUCCAUGAUGUAGUUAUAAAUGAUGAAAUUGAAUAUCUUAAACAAAAAGUGGAGUUCUCUCAAACUAAUUUCUACUUGAUUGAGAUUAUUUAGAUGUGUUGUGCAAAUACAUUCACAGUAGCGCUAAUUUAUUCUAUACAUAGACAAGUCAAAUUAAAAAAUCAAAUAUUCACUUUAUUAUCCUUAAUAGAAAUCAAUUCUAUUAAAACUCAAAUACAAUAAACAAAAAUAUUUCAUUCAUUCACAAAUUAUUCAUAAAAAUCAAUUACAAAUUUCAUUAAUAAUGAUUCAAUAUUGAAUGAAACUUCUCAAUAAAAUAAAAAUAAUCACACAAUCCUAAGAUUAUCAAAUAUUAAAUUUACAUCUAAAUUUCGUUUAUUGAUACCAAUUAUUUUUAUAAUUUGCUAUGGCGCUUAGAUGAUUGGAGCAUACUAUUAUAGAGCCUUAUACUAUGACAAUUAUAAGCAUUCCUUAUUGAUGACUAUGAAUUAUAUAAAAUUCAAGAAGCUAUUUGAUAGUUCAAUCUUAUUGGGAGAAUUAAUUAAAACAGAACAUUUAAUUCCAUCGAAUCCCUAUUAAUUAAUAAAUUAAACUGAAACCAUAGAAUAAUAUUUGAUGUAUGCUGACAAUUCAACUAAUUUAUUUAACACAAUUCUUGAUGAUUUGGUUGUAUCAGAUUAUUUUAACGACACUAUGAAGAGCCUGAUAUUGAAUGCUUUUAGAAAGGAUUUGUGUUUGAGUUUUUAAAGGUUUCUAGUUUUCUGUAAUACAACUUAGAUAAAAUAGCCAUACAAACUUAGUGACUCUUAUCUUACUAUCACUUAAGAUGGAAUAGGAGGAGUAGUAUAAAACUACAAAAAAAUGGUUUAACAAGAAUUUAACACAGAAAGGCAGACUUUGAAAUACUCAAAGAAUAAUGUCCAAUUUAUAAAUUCAUAGAUCCAUUAGAAUUUCUUUGUUUAAUAUGCCCAAGAUAUUUAAUCAUGUUUUUUUACAUGUUUUAGCUACUUUAUAAACGAAAGUAUUUACUUAAGUGAUCUUUUUAUUGAGGCUAUGGCAGAGUAUUUUAAUUUAACUGGAAUUAUCCUUUUACUAUUAUAUUUUAUCUUCUCAGUUUUUUGGGUCAUUUAUCAAUAUUUAUAAAUUCAUUAGAUAAAAUUUGUCUUAAUCUUACUAGAUCCAAAAGUUGUGUAGAAAAAAGGGAUUCAUCAAAUUUUAAUGAAAAUUAUGAAUUAUUUAUGA